AAGGUCGGAUAGAAGCGAUUGUAAAUUCUAAAAUGUGUUUGAUUGCAUCAAGCAGAGAUGCUCAAAAUAGAUUUUCAACUACUUUGGUUCAAUGAAUAUAAAUAAUCUGUAAACGGGGUAAACAGUACAGUGUAUGAACUUAUGAAUUAGAAUCCUCAUUAUUUACUUAUAUUUGAACGGAAAAACGUUUUACAAGAACUUAUUAACAUUAAUUGUUUUUAUUGAGCUUGGAAACUUGAAAAUAACUUUACAUUUAUUCAAGCAAAAAAAUUAAGUUCUGUAAAAACAAGUUUUUUAACUCAAAAUGCAGCAUGUAAAAUACUCUUUGAACAGCUCUGCAAUCAGAAAACCUGAAAAUCUUGAGGACACGUACACAUUUCAUUCGAUUUUAUCUGCUGGAUGAGCUACAAUAUAUAUUAGAAUGGUUAUUUGAAUUUUCUACCAGUUUGAAAGACGUAGUUGCUCAAACAUGUUGUGGAUAUUCGGAUUAGCUUUGUUUCUGUAUUUGCUGUGGGUUGAUACAGUAAAGCCCUAUAAAUAUCCUCCAGGACCAAGAUGGAUACCGUGGUUCGGAAACACUUUCACACUUCGAAUGCUCGCUCGAAAGUAUGGUGGUCAGCACGGAGUGUUUGAUUACCUUUCCCAAAAGUACAACUCCCAGGUGAUUGGCUUUCGAAUGGGGAGGGAACGUGGCUACACCCUGGCCAGGCAAGCCCUUAUCAGUGAAGAUCUUCAGGGAAGACCAGACAACUUUUUUGCUCGGUUAAGGACUGGCGGUAAAAGGUUGGGAGUGACCUUCGUUGAUGGUGAGCACGGGGAGGAACAGAGAAACUUUGUCGUACGAACGUUGAAGGAGUUGGGCAUGGGAAGAUCCCGAAUGAAUGACUUAAUACAGCGUGAGUUGCACGAGCUGAUCCAGAUCAUCGACGAGACUACUGGCCCGAUUCAACCAAAUCGGCUGCUACAGCUAAGUGUGAUAAACGUUCUAUGGACGCUUGCCACUGGAGAACGAAUCGAGCGGCAUGACGAUCACCUGCAAAGUCUGCUGGAUGUUUUGAAGAAACGGUCCGCAAUGUUCGACAUAGCCGGAGGAAUGCUAAACCAGAUGCCAUGGUUGCGUUUUGUAGCCCCCAAUUGGAGUGGAUAUAACAUCCUGGUCGACUUCAAUCGGCAGUUGAUCUCAUUUUUCUCACAAACCAUUCAGAAGCAUAACGAAUCCUAUACCGAUGAAGUAUCCUCCAACGAUUUGAUCUAUGCCUACAUCAGAGAAAUCCGGAAGCAUAGCACUAAUCCCAAUUCCAACUUUACCGAAGACCAAAUGAUCAUGACCAUUCUGGACUUGUUCAUAGCUGGAGCUAACAAUACCAGUACCAUCGUAGAUCUGCUUCUGAUCAUGAUGGUGAACAGACCAGAUAUUCAAGCCAAAAUUCACAAAGAAAUCGACCAACACAGCGAUCCUAUCCGAUGGUCCGACCAUUCUCAGCUCCCAUACGUAGAAGCAGUUAUCAGUGAAGUCCAACGGUACUUCCACUUAGCUGCCAUCAGUGGACCUCGACGAGCCAUCCGGGAUUGUCAGCUUGGUGGAUACCGGAUUCCCAAGGAUACGUCGAUAUUUGUGGACUUGAAAAGCGUUCACAUGGAUGCAGAUUACUGGAAGGAUCCCGAAGUGUUCCGACCGGAAAGAUUCCUGAGUGAAGAUGGAACUCUUACCAACACUGAACGAUUGUUAUCGUUUAGUUUAGGGAAGCGAAGGUGUUUGGGAGAGGCUCUAGCGCGGGCUUGUAUUUUCAACUACUUUGCAGGGAUUAUGCAACAGUUUAAUGUUGAGCUGCCUGAUGGAGAGGAUGUAAUGCCAUCGCUGGAACUAACGCCAGGAAUCAGUUAUAUGCCAAAACCUUACAAAGUGAUCUUCAAACGCAAAUAUAUUAAAACGUGUGACUUAAAUUAAACACUGUAACUUAUAUUUACAAUCGCAACAAAAAAUAAAUCGAAUGAGAAAUG